UACUAAGUACAUAAGAAGAUAGACACAACAAUUACAAAUAAAUAAGCUAAUAACACGAACUAACUCCAAGUGUCCCAAAUAAGAGUGCAAAAUGGCCUUAAUCCUUGAAGCCACCUAAACAAUACCAUCACACUCCUCACACCAUCUUCUUCUACAUGCACUAACACACGUGUACGCAACCUUAACAAUCUUCCCACUUAAUUAAUAAACUAAAAACCAAAUUCACCUUUCUAAAACUCCUUCACCUCUUCAACAAAACGCUCAAGAUCAAAAAACGCUAAAACAAAUCCGCUAAAAAUCCAAAAAAGCUUAAGAAAUGGCUUCAACAGUGGGUAGAGAAGGCAAAACAGCUGGUGAAGGGAUGACAAUGAAAGAGCAUGUAAUUGAAAAAGGGGCUGAAAUGAUGCAAUCCAUGAAACCUAUCAAGCAAUUUAGUCAACAUGUUUGUACCUUUGCUCUUUAUAGCCAAGAUAUGAAUCGUCAAAUCGAGACUCACCACUUCGUACACCGCCUCAACGAGGAUUUUUGUCAGUGUGCGGUGUAUGACACCGAUAAUCGCGAUGGCCGGCUUAUCGGUGUCGAGUAUAUUAUCUCCGAUCGGAUUUUCGAGGCGCUUCCUUUAGAGGAGCAGAAGCUUUGGCACUCUCAUUUCUUUGAGAUUAAAUCGGGGCUUUGGGUGAAUCCUCGGGUUCCGGAAGCAGUGGCUAAGCCGGAACUAGACAAGUUGGCUAAGACAUAUGGGAAGUUUUGGUGUACGUGGCAAACCGAUCGAGGUGAUCUCCUACCGAUUGGGGAACCAUCUCUAAUGACCUCUCCUCUAGGAGAGGUUGCUGGGAAUGUGAAGGCGCCUCUUUUACAGCAAAGGGACGAAAAAUACGGCAUAUCAAGCACCAAAAUAAGUGAUUCAAGGGUGGAUAUUACUGGCCCUGCUCUUAUAAACCCUAAUGCAGACUACUGGAUUAAGCAUGGAAAGGGAUUUGCUAUCGAUAUCGUCACUGCUGAGAUGAAGAAAAUCACCCCAUUGCCAUAGUAGUGCGAAAUUAGAUAAAGUACGUACAUGAUGUACUGCAGUACUUGCUAUGUAUAAUCAAUAAAGGAAAAUGGCC